GCGCGGGCGGGGCCAGAAGGCGGAGCGGGGCAGCAGCGCCCGCCGCGGAGCCCGAGCAGCCUGGCCGCCGCCAUGUUCCGGAUCGAGGGGCUGGGGCCCAAGAUAGACCCGGAGGAGCUGAAGCGGAAGAUGCGGCGGGAUGUUUUCAGCUCGGUCCGCACCUUCCUCAUCUACGUGGCGCUGCUGCGGAUCACUCCAUACAUCUUAAAGAAAUUGGAUAAUAUAUGAAUACAGAAGAGCUGCAAAGACUGGAUACAUGGAAACAAAAAGAAUUGUGGCUGCUUUUCUCUGUUAAUAAACAAGGUGUAAAAGGCAGACUUCACAUACCGAAUGGAUCUAAAAAUUUCAUUUAAGCAUAUUUGACUUUGUGAGAGCAAUGGCCUAGCUGGAAAUAUGGAAAAUGGUUAUUGUCCUUGUGAUUGACUUCAAGUCAUGCAAUGCUCCCAUGUGGCGGCGUAUAUUUCUGUUUGUGCUGGUACAGCCCUUGUCCUGUGUCCAGAAAUUCCAUCAUAAUCCAUUUUUUGUAAGUGCAAACAGAAUUUCGUUCCGGAGCUACCUCUAAAAUACCACAGUGCUAUGGCUGUCAAUCUUACUGAACCUGUCUGUGUGAAAAACGAAGUUAUUUGGAUCCCUAAAAUCCAUCUAGGAAGCUGUUAACUUGAAUCCAGUUGAUUGAUUGAUUGAUUUAUUUUGUUGUUGAAAUAAAAUAGAAUAACAAGUCUGUGAUUUCAGGCACAGUUCUAUUCCUUUAUUUUUUAAUAAAAUCAGUUACC